AUGAGUGAGUCCACAUCCACAACAAUAAACAAUGUUUUUGACAGAAAGCGACGUAGGCGCUGGGGAAUGGAUAAUAGUAAGGGAAUUCUAUCCCAUAGACAUCACCCUCACAAAACUGACCACUCUCUAGAAAGAGACAAAGUGAAUACGCGGCCAAUACAUGUGUAUUUUCUGCAAGGCGCAGGUUACUGUCAAGCACAGUGUGCGAGCGCGCACAGUCGUGCACGUGCGAGGGCCAGGGCGCUGGCGAGGGGGGAGGGUGCGGGGGAGGCGAGCGCGCACGCGUGGGUGCGCGAGUGGUUCCGUGCGAGCGCGGCGCUGUGCUGCGCGCCCGCGCUGCAGCUGCACGCGCUGCCGCCGGCGCGCCGCCGCCGCCUGGCCGCCGGCUACGGCGACCUGCGCCGCGCCGCCGCCGCUGCCAUGGCGCAGCUGUGGUACGCGCUCGGCGAACAUAAGUAUCCGAUGAUCCCGUUUGUGGUGGGUGAGUUCCUGGAGGUGAGCUUUCUGCCCGACGACGAAGUACGUGACAUCACAAUACCGCUCUUCUAUGACAUGAUGGUGGUCGAAUAUCAACACAACCUUGCCAACGGGGAAAGCUGCGACGCGCCGCUGCGCGUGCUGGAGAACGAGCUGAUCGACAAGCUGGACGUGCUGGCGGCGCGCGGGCUGGGCGACGCGGCGUGGCGCGCGCGCUUCGUGUCGUCGUGCGGGCGCCUGCUGGCGGCGGGCGGUGCGGGGGGCGCCGGGCCCGCGCUGGUAGCGGCGGCGGCGCGCCAGCUGGACGCGCUGCUGCAGUACCGCGCGGCCGCGCAGCGCGUGCACCUCGCCGUGCGUGUGCUGCGGUUCUACGAGCACAUCGAGCGCCCGCAUAUGUACAUACGAUACGUUCACAAACUGGCCCAGAUGCACCGUGACGCCCAACAUUGGACAGAAGCAGGCCUGGCUCUACGGCUACAUGCAAAACUGCUGGAAUGGAGUGAUUGUCCCCUCCCGCCUAGAUUACGUCAUCCCACGGAGGACUGCGCUGAACACGUGACUCAUAGGGAUUUAAAGGAGGCGCUAUACGUGGAGAUCGCGCGGCUGCUGAACCGCGGGCGGCAGUGGGAGCUGGCGGUGGAGGUGGUGAAGGAGCUGGUGUGCGUGUACGAGCAGGAGGCGCUGGGCUACGCGGCGCUGCGCGAGCUGCACGCGCAGCUGGCGGCGCUGUACGAGGCCGCGUGUGCCGCGCGCUCGCACCCCGCGCACUUCCGCGUGCUGUACCACGGCGCCGGCUUCCCGGACCACCUGCGGGUGCCGCACGGUUUCGUGUACCGCGGCAACGAGUACGAGCAGCUGCAGGAGUUCAAGGAGCGGCUGCUGGAUGAGUGGCCCGACGCUGAAGUGCUGCCGCGACUUGACCCACCUGGGGAAGACAUCACGCUCUCGGACGGACAGUAUCUCCAAAUCAACGCCGUGGAGCCGGUGAUGGACGACAAGUUGAAGCGGCUGUCGGGUAAGCCCGUGGCUGAACAAAUACUGCAGUACCACAGGCACAACAACGUCGACAAGUUCGUGUUCUCCAGGCCGUUCCACAAACCGGAUGAGUCUUUAGCGGGAUCCAACGAUGACGUAUCGAGUCAGAACGAAUUUGCCACAAGAUGGCUGGAGCGUACUGAACUUGAAAUUAGCGAAAAGUUACCCGGCAUCCUGCGCUGGUUCCCGGUGGUGGCGGCGCGCACGUACUGGGUGUCGCCGCUGGCGGCCGCCGUGGAGGCGCUGCGUGACACCAACCGCGCGCUCAAGGCGCUCGUGCUGCAGGCGCGGGCGAGUGAUGCGCCGCUGCACCAGCUCACCAUGCGGCUCAGUGGUAUCCUGGACCCCGCAGUGCAGGGCGGUAUAGUGAACUACGAGCGCGCGUUCCUCACAACAGCGUACGAGUCAAGGCAUCCAGAACACGCGGAGCUACUGGCGCAGCUGCGAGACCUCAUCGCGGACCAGGUCCCUCUACUUAAACUUGGCUUAGAAGUCCACAAGUCGCGGAUCUCGCCAGAUCUGCAGGCGCUUCACGAGCACAUGGAGUCGUGCUUCCACCGCGUGCAAAACCACGUGCACCAGAGAUACGGACGCAAGAACUGCGACUUUGAUAUGGAGUUUGUUGAGAGGCGGAGAACUCUUAGGGACAGUAUACAAACUGAGCCGGGUAACCUGAGCAACAGCCGGAUAUCCGACAUUUCCACCGGGAACGAUACUGCGUCGAAAUCCAAAUUCUUCAGCUUCAACAGUGCCAUCAAUCCUUUAACCAGGAAUAGCAGUGGCGGUGUAGUCAGUUACUUCGGCACGCUGCAGAGCUCACCGAGGAGACGCGACAAGAGACGAGCGAAAAAGCAGGAGGCUGCAAGCGAAGCAUCAGCGCAGGAGCGUAGUGGGAGCCAGUGGUACGCGCCCAGCGGGCCCCCCCUCCCCAGCAGUGCUCCCGCCGCCAGCCUGCCCACCAGCGCACCGCUGGACUCCGCGGUCUCGCCGCUACGCGAGCUCAGACAAGAGUUGGUGACGGAGAGACCACUUCGUGCUGAAGCGGAACGGGAACGUCGUCUGUCACAACGUGCCAGCUUGCUCAACUCUUCGACACCACCUUCCAACAGGGACUCGCUCGGCACCACCGACUCCAACCAAGACGAUGAGGAACCGCCUCCGCUGCCGCAGAAACAGUCGCAGCGGUACUCCGAGGUGGAGAGCGACAACAACAACAACCCGGACACGAACUCCAACUCGAACCCCACGCCACCGCGGAACAACUACGAUACCGUGUGGUCGCCGCGGGGCUCUUUCCUGUACAACUCCAUCGCGAACAGGAGGAACACCUGCGGGGAGAAACCCCCCACGCCACCGCCAAAGAAGAAAAACGCGCAAACAAACGCUUGA